AUGUCCUUCUUGAAGAACGCCGCCUCGCUCAAGCCGUUGUUUGACAGAGUCCUCGUCCAGAGACUCAAGCCCGCCUCCAAGACCGCCCUGGGGUUGUACAUCCCCGAAAAGAACCAGGAAAAGUUGCCUGAAGGCACCGUGAUCGCCACCGGCCCUGGUGUCAUCAACCCGUCCACCGGCGACGUCAUCCCCACCUCGGUCGCUGCCGGCGACAAGGUGUUGUUGCCCUCGUACGGCGGCUCCCCGAUCAAGAUCGGCGACGAAGAGUACUUGUUGUACACCGACAAGGAGUUGUUGGCCAAGAUCGAGUAG